UUGAUAUCAAGUGUGUGCCACGAGUCAAGCCGGUUAAUGAUCUAACCAAAAAACAAACGGUUGAUAAUAAAUUGAAAUAAAGAAUAAAAACUGUUUUAGCAAAUGCAAUUGUUUUAACUAAGAUUUAAAACAUUCAACUCGCAAUUCUCAAAAUUACAAAUGUGCGUGUAUUAAAUCUCUAUUAAAAACGCCCAUAUUUUAUGAUUAAAUUGAUAUGUUCGGGUUUACAUCAAAAUGUUUGCUUAGCUUAAUCUGCUUUGGCUUAAUCAAUUACGAAUUAGUUGAUGCUAGUGACAUACCGAAGAACGAUGAGAACAAACCGCAUAUCAUUUUCAUACUGGCCGAUGAUUUGGGCUUCGACGAUGUCAGUUUUCGUGGAUCGAACGAAUUUCUUACACCAAAUAUCGAUGCUUUGGGUUAUCAUGGUAAAAUUCUGAAUCGCCUGUAUAGUUCGGCAAUUUGUACGCCAUCUCGUGGAGCGCUAAUGACGGGGCUUUAUCCCAUACACACAGGCAUGCAACACUAUGUCAUUAGCAACGAGGAGCCAUGGGGCUUGCCGCAGAAUGUUACUAUGUUGCCGGAAAUAUUUCAAAAAGCUGGCUACUCCACCAAUUUGGUGGGUAAAUGGCAUUUGGGUUUCGGAAAACGCGAAUUUACGCCCACACAUAGAGGCUUUGAUUAUCAUUAUGGUUUUUGGGGUGGUUUCAUUGACUACUACCAGCGGCGUAGCCAAAUGCCGGUACCCAACGUUUCGAUGGGCUAUGAUUUUCGCCGUAAUUUGGAGCUGGAAUGCGCAGAUCUUGGCACUUAUGUAACAGAUCUUUUCACGCAUGAAGCUGAACGCAUAAUUAUGGCGAAUAAUAAUACGAAACCUCUACUGCUUGUACUCAACCAUCUGGCAGUGCAUACGGCCAAUGAUGCAGACCCAUUACAAGCACCAGAGGAAGAGAUUGCAAAGUUCCAAUACAUCAAGGAUCCUAAAAGACGUAUAUAUGCAGCCAUGGUCUCUCGCCUGGAUCAGAGCAUCGGACGUAUAAUACAUGCGCUGGAAAAGGCGAAUAUGUUGCAGAAUUCUAUUGUAGCCUUCCAAUCCGAUAAUGGAGGACCUUCGGUCGGACUAUUCUCAAACUCUGCCUCAAACUUUCCUCUUAAGGGGCAAAAAGUCACUCAAUGGGAGGGUGGCGUACGUGUACCUGGUGUCAUUUGGAGUCCAUUACUACACAAGCGCGGCUCGAUUUUUCAGCCAACAAUGUACAUUGGUGACUGGCUGCCCACUUUGGCCGAUGCCGCCAAUAUUCCACUUUCUCGUUCGGGCUUACCACUUGACGGCAUCAAUUUAUGGCCAGCACUUAGCGGUGAUUCCUUUAAUCAAAGCAAACAAAAAUUAGAUCGAGAAAUAGUUCACCACCUCGAUGACAUAUGGCACGUGGUUGCGCUCCAGCAAGGCGACUGGAAGUAUAUGAAUGGCACAAUUGCAUCGGGGCGCUUUGAUACCUUGCUCACCUACCGCGAACUCUACGACACCGAUCCACGUAGCUCCGAUUAUUUCGCGGCUGUGGCGAACUCAACUACUUCGCAGAUCUUAGGCAGAUACGACGCAUCAACAUUGGAACGCAAACUAGUGAAUAAAUUACGUUAUGAGGCUGCAAUACGUUGCGGAAAUGGAGUACAACGCAGCUGUAACGCUCUUCUGGAAGAGUGUCUCUACAACGUGGCUGUGGAUCCGUGUGAACGGAAUAAUUUGGCGAGCUCACCUGAAUAUGGCGAUAUAUUAAGACGCAUGCGUAGACGCGUCGAGUACCAUCGGCGCACCGCUUGGCCGACUAAUAAUCGCCGAGGACAAUCCGAGUAUGAUCCGUCUUACCAUCGUUGCGCAUGGACGAACUUUUUACAAGACACGCCCACUGAUGAUUAUCUCGUUUGCGGCAACGACGGACCACCAUGUGAAUCAGCCAAUUGAUGCGGAAUAUGAUCCCAAGAAUAUCACUUUAAAAUCAAUUUUGUAGAGAUGAUAAUAAAAAUUAGCUCCUAUU